AUGGAUCUAACCGCCACGCUCCCCGCCAAGAUCCUCGCGCAUGUCUUCGCCUGCGUACAGGCCGUUGAUCCCAUAACCCGCAACCGACACAACGCACCAGGCUGGAUGCGUGUCACCGCUAUCUGUAGGAGAUGGCGACGUGUCGCCAUCGCGGACGCGACUCUAUGGGCACACUGGACACCUGAUUUAUGCCUGUUCGGCGAAGGCUUCGAGCUGUUCAUCGAGCGCAGCAAAGACGCUCUCCUCAGCAUAUCCAACGACAAGCUGACCUACGAAGAAUCUUCCAAUGUCUUGGCUUGCAUCGCAAUUAAUGUAGAUCGCAUCCGCACCCUAUACUUGGAAGGCGUCGACUACGACGACGAUCUGCAUAUCGCAAAGAUGCUGACGCGAAACGUGUUCAGUUCUCUCGUCAGCUGUCAUCUGCGAAAUUACUUGGGAUCAGAUUGGAUCAAUGACCCUCUACGGCUCUUCGAGGGACUUGCACCGCGCCUUCAGCACCUCGUGCUGCAUUUGCCCGGGCUACCAUUCGGUAUCCUAGACUGGCAAUCGCCGAUCUAUGACAAUCUUGUUUCUCUCGAUCUGACAAUGUUGCGCGAACAACACAUCUUCGAUACAAAUGACAUCGUGGACGCACUUCGUCGAAUGACGAAGCUAUCCUCAUUGGCAAUUGCGCACUGGGAGGGCAGCGACACGCAAAGCCCGGAUGAGGAUUCGGACGAGGAACUCAGUGUCGAUGUCCUACCCAACAGUGGUACCAACAGACAGCAACGCGUCGCACACGGUCCUUUCGCCGUCCUAGCUCGUCUAGAGCUCUUCGUGAUCGUUGCACGUCCCGACUACUUUCCACGCCUCUUGCCCAAACUUUCACUUCCGCCGACCGCGUCAGUAGCGCUCGCGUCUCAUUUACCUGCACGCAAUACCCUUUCGACUCGAGAAUACACUUCCCUCGGCCAUGGCCUGAUCUCAGACUACCGCACUGCGCCGGCAGCACCGUAUCAUGCGGCUUACCUCGCCUUUGACACCUUUCCGAAGGAAUGUGUCGUUCUCAAGCUCACGCACCAGCCUCUCUCACGCAGCGCAUAUCCCGGGCGCUAUCCGCAUAGCGUGUUCGGCGUUAAACAAAGGCGCCACAACGAAGACUACGACCUAGCGCUUCACCUCGCAGAGAUGCACAUUCUCAACUUUCUUCCCCACCUAUCCGUGGAUCGUGUGACAGUGUUGACAUUGAACAACCUUCCGACGCAUCUGGACGCAUGUCUGCUACGCCCCUUCACCGGGACCACGCAUCUCCGCAUCAUUGGCCCGCUGAAGAAGUCAACUCUAUCCUUCCUCUACAAACCCGAAGACCUCGUCCUUCCAAACCUACAGGAGAUCGACUUUGCGGACAUUUGUGGUCUCAAGGACCUUCUUGCCUGUUUCAAGUCCGUAUCGCACCGUGGUUGGCAUCAGGAGUACUUCCGGGCCCUCGAGAAGAUCCUCAGAGUGCGGAGAGAAGCGGGACACCCUCUCAGAAGGGUAUAUGUGCAUGCUCAAGACGACAUUCAGCUUGCCAACGAAGAUCGCCUGAAUGACGUGGGGUUCGGGCAUUGGAGGUUGGAUCAGAUGCGCUGCGUUCUUGCACUAUUGGAUGGCUUUCCCGAGGUCCAGAUCGUUGAGAAUAACGUCGACGUGUUCAUGAAUAACGAAUAG